GUAGUAGCUUAUAGAGUGAGAAGAAAGAUAAAAAAAUAACUAAGAUCAAGAUAAGGCAAUCAUGCCUCCCGUCAUCUUCCUCCUCCUUUCCCUCCUCCUCCUCCCCUCUUCUCAUGCUGCAGACUUCUGCGUCGCAGACCUCACGGGCCACCUGACCCCCUCAGGCUACGACUGCAAGAAGGAGGCUGCCGUCACCGUCAACGACUUUGUCUUCACCGGCCUCGGCAAGGCGGGCAACACCUCGAACCUCAUCAAGGCUGCAGUGACCCCCGCCUUCGUCGCCCAAGUCCCGGGUGUCAACGGGCUCGGCAUCUCUGCUGCUCGCCUCGACCUUGCUCCAGGGGGUGUCGUCCCCCUCCACACCCACCCAGCCGCCACCGAGUUCCUUGUGGUCACCCAGGGCACCAUCUGCGCCGGCUUCAUCAGCUCCACUGCCAAUGACGUCUAUUUUAAGUCCCUCAACACGGGCGACUCCAUGCUCUUCCCCCAAGCGUUGCUGCACUUCCAGGUGAAUUGUGGUCGGACGACGGCUGUGGCCAUUGUGAGCUUCAGCAGCCCGAGCCCAGGGCUCCAGAUAACAUCAUUCGCGCUCUUCGCGAACAAUUUGCCGUCGGCAUUGGUGGAGAUGGUCACCUUCCUGGACGAUGCUGAAGUGAAGAAACUCAAGAAGCUGCUCGGAGGGACCGGGUGAGGGAGCGAACUUGGUUGCCUCCUGGGAGUUGAUUUAAUGCGAGUUCUUUGAGUGUUUUCUGUCUGUGUGGGCACUUAGCAGUGUUAGUGUUGGAUGUGUUUCUUUCGUUGUGGGCAAAUGGUGGUGUAUGGAGUCUUAAUUGCUUCUUCUUCUGCAAUUAUUUUAACAUGAACAAGCUUUAAUGGCUUAGCAUGUUCUAAAAAGAGAGAGCAUCAUGGUAACUUCUGGAGAAUAUGCUAAUUAAGCAAUGAAUGGGUGGUUGGACCACGAGUGUGGGCCUAUUCUUCUGAUAAU